GAGACAUGUACCCGGGAGCCACCUCGGCCGGACCCGUGCUUGCUCCACCUCCACCGCUGCCACCAUCAAUGCAUGGAUAUGGCUUCAAACCACCCCCCCGACCAGAUUUUGGGACUUCUGGGAGAACAAUCAAACUGCAGGCCAACUUCUUUGAAAUGGACAUUCCUAAAAUAGAUAUCUACCAUUAUGAAUUGGAUAUAAAGCCAGAAAAAUGCCCUAGAAGAGUUAACAGAGAAAUAGUGGAACAUAUGGUUCAGCACUUUAAAACACAGAUCUUUGGGGAUCGCAAGCCAGUGUUUGAUGGAAGAAAAAAUCUUUAUACAGCUAUGCCGCUUCCUAUUGGGAGAGAGAAAGUGGAGUUGGAGGUCACGCUGCCAGGAGAAGGGAAGGACAGAAUAUUUAAGGUGGCUAUAAAGUGGAUAUCCUGUGUGAGUUUGCAGGCUUUACAUGAUGCUCUUUCUGGUCGGCUGCCAAGUGUCCCAUUUGAGACCAUCCAGGCACUGGAUGUGGUCAUGAGGCACUUGCCUUCCAUGAGGUAUACUCCUGUGGGACGAUCUUUUUUUACAGCCUCAGAAGGGUGUGCAAAUCCCUUAGGUGGUGGCAGAGAAGUCUGGUUUGGGUUUCAUCAAUCAGUUAGACCUUCGUUAUGGAAAAUGAUGUUAAAUAUUGAUGUGUCUGCGACCGCAUUUUACAAAGCACAGCCAGUUAUAGAGUUUGUAUGUGAAGUUUUGGACUUCAAAAGCAUUGAAGAACAACAGAAACCUCUGACAGAUUCCCAAAGGGUGAAGUUUACCAAAGAAAUAAAAGGUCUAAAGGUGGAGAUAACACACUGUGGACAAAUGAAAAGGAAGUACAGAGUGUGCAAUGUCACUAGACGACCAGCAAGUCACCAAACAUUCCCACUUCAGCAGGAGAGUGGACAGACAGUUGAAUGCACUGUAGCUCAGUAUUUUAAGGACAGGCACAAAUUAGUUCUACGCUACCCUCACCUUCCAUGUUUACAAGUUGGACAGGAGCAGAAACACACGUACCUCCCUCUCGAGGUGUGCAACAUAGUGGCAGGACAAAGAUGCAUAAAAAAACUGACGGACAAUCAGACCUCCACUAUGAUUCGGGCAACCGCCCGCUCGGCACCUGAUCGUCAGGAAGAGAUUAGCAAAUUGAUGCGGAGUGCAAGUUUUAACACUGACCCUUAUGUUCGUGAAUUUGGGAUAAUGGUCAAAGAUGAGAUGACCGAUGUGACCGGCCGAGUCCUGCAGCCUCCCUCAAUCCUCUACGGAGGCAGGAAUAAAGCAAUUGCCACACCAGUUCAAGGGGUUUGGGACAUGAGGAAUAAGCAGUUUCACACUGGAAUUGAAAUAAAAGUUUGGGCAAUUGCAUGCUUUGCUCCCCAGCGCCAGUGCACUGAAGUUCAUCUUAAGUCCUUUACGGAACAGCUGAGGAAGAUUUCGCGGGAUGCAGGGAUGCCCAUCCAGGGGCAGCCCUGUUUCUGCAAAUACGCCCAGGGAGCCGACAGCGUGGAGCCCAUGUUCAGGCACCUCAAGAACACCUACACAGGGCUGCAGCUCGUCGUGGUGAUUCUGCCAGGGAAAACACCCGUCUACGCGGAGGUGAAGCGUGUGGGUGACACAGUGCUGGGGAUGGCCACGCAGUGCGUCCAGAUGAAGAACGUACAAAGAACGACACCACAAACCCUUUCCAACCUCUGCUUAAAAAUAAACGUCAAGUUAGGAGGUGUAAAUAAUAUUUUGCUGCCGCAGGGAAGACCACCAGUAUUUCAGCAGCCUGUUAUAUUCCUUGGUGCAGAUGUAACUCAUCCCCCAGCUGGGGAUGGAAAGAAGCCUUCUAUUGCUGCUGUUGUAGGAAGCAUGGACGCGCAUCCGAACCGAUACUGCGCCACUGUCCGGGUCCAGCAGCACCGCCAAGAAAUCAUCCAGGAUUUGGCUGCCAUGGUCAGGGAGUUGCUCAUUCAGUUCUACAAAUCAACCAGAUUUAAACCAACUCGCAUUAUUUUCUACCGAGAUGGCGUUUCCGAGGGGCAGUUCCAACAGGUUCUCCACCAUGAGUUGCUGGCCAUUAGAGAAGCCUGCAUUAAGCUGGAGAAGGAUUACCAGCCUGGGAUUACAUUUAUAGUUGUGCAGAAAAGGCAUCACACCCGGCUCUUCUGCACAGAUAAAAAUGAACGGGUUGGAAAAAGUGGAAACAUUCCAGCGGGCACCACAGUGGACACAAAAAUCACCCAUCCAGCAGAAUUUGACUUCUACCUGUGCAGCCAUGCAGGGAUUCAGGGAACCAGUAGACCUUCUCACUACCACGUGCUGUGGGAUGACAACCGCUUCUCCGCGGAUGAGCUGCAGAUUCUCACCUACCAACUGUGCCACACAUACGUGCGCUGCACCCGCUCCGUCUCCAUCCCCGCACCCGCCUACUACGCACACCUGGUAGCCUUCAGAGCCAGGUAUCAUCUGGUGGAUAAAGAGCACGAUAGUGCUGAAGGAAGCCACACUUCUGGUCAGAGCAACGGCAGAGAUCACCAAGCACUUGCGAAGGCAGUUCAAGUCCAUCAGGACACGUUGCGCACCAUGUACUUUGCUUGACAUGUUUUAAUGUUCAGCGACUCCGUGCGCGACCAAGUUGGAUUCCCGCGAGCCCAGCUGCACUUAGACCACCCGAUGCCCAAGCUGCAGCCACAGCCAGCAAGGAGGGAUGCAUCCCAAUCCCUUUUCCCGUUUUCCAGAAAGCCUUCCGUCCAGGAUUUCACACUUGGUUACCAACUGCAUUCCUCUGCAAAACCCCACAGUCGUUGGAAAUGUGGUUUGCCAAAAAAUUCUCUUAAGCUGCUUGUUCCUAAACAGACCCAUAUUUUCUAAUUAACUCAAGAGCUGGGAUCUCAGGGCUUAGGGAAAAAAAAACCCGCCAAGCUCUUUGUUCAGCUGGCUAUUCAUCUGAAUGGCUUUUAAUAAUUUGGAAAGAUUUAAUUCACACUAAAGUUGAGGGGCUACAAUGCUGUGAACUAGCUUUUAAUACAAAGGAAAGCAGAGCAUUUUUUGACUAUUUAUGCCUUGUUUAUUCUAGAUGCAUUUACAAAACUUUAUUUUCAAAAGGAAGAAGUGACAAAAUUCUGAUUUUUUCAACUGUCUUAAAAAGAUUAUUCUCUGUGUGUCUGAGGGUAAAUGUAUUUUCUGACGCUCGUUCUUGAAUGUUUUUUAUUGUGCUGCAUUUAAAAAAUGUUUUUCAUAGACUAAAUAUGAAAUUUUAAGAAAAAAAAAGAACUUGUACUUAAACUUUUAAUAGUUCCAGUUAGAUUGGCAAAAGAAAAGGUGCCAUUUAAAAGAAAAAUGUUAAGAGCUUUUUUUGUUUGUUUGUUUUUUAAAUCAUACUGACAGCUAAUUUUAGAAUUUGUCAUACAGGACUGUGACACUUAACUUUCCAAAGUCUCUAAAAAAUACGGGUCUGUGGUGAUAAAUACAGUACAAUCCUUUUUCACUGUUAUGUUGGAAUUAAUGUAAAUUUUAUAUAUGUUUCACAGUAUUAAUGUGAUAGACUAGAUGCUAUUAUUUAUUUUUUAUUUACUAAGGAGUGCUCAUUAUACUUCUGUUAACAUAUCAAGAACGCUUUGGAGUUGGAAACUGAAG